CCGGCAGCGCUGCUGGCGGCCGUUCAGGUCUGGAAAACUCACACUGUUUUUCCUCUACUCUCACACCACAAGAAUCAUCAGCACAGAGGAAGACUUCUGUGACCAAAUGUGGCGGGAGAGGGAGUUUGUCACCAGCAUGUGAGCAGUCAGCUCUGCAGCAGACUCGGCUGGGUGUCCUUCAGUUCAGUUCCACUAUCGCCUGCCUGGAGAGAGGUCAGACCACAGGCGGCCACCAUGCUGCCACUGGACUCAGAGCCGGCCCUGAAUGAGCUGCUGCUUCACAAGGAGGAGGAGUGGAGGGCGUUGCAGGCCCACCGCAGCCAGCUGCAGGAGGCGGCUCUGCAGGACACACGGAGCCAGCUGGAGGAGGCGCAGGGGAAACUGCGGUGCCUGCAGGAGGACUUUGUCUACAACCUUCAGGUGCUGGAGGAGCGGGACCUCGAGCUGGAGCGCUAUGAAGCUGCCUUCGCCCGGGCCAGGGAGUGGGAGGAGGCCAGGCGGGCAGAGGUGAGCGAGCUCAAGAUAGAGGCAGCUAAGCUGAGGCAGGCGCUAGCCAGAGAGGCCAGGAAGGUGGAGGAGCUGCAGCAGCAGCAGCAGCUGGUGUGGCAGGAGCAUCGCCUGGAGCUGGAGCGCGUCCACAGUGACAAGAAUGGUGAGAUCGACCACCACCGGGAACAAUAUGAAAAUCUGAAAUGCAGGCUGGAGAGAAAACUUGAGGAGCUCGAUGGUGAGCUUGCUCUGCAGAGACAGGAACUGCUGCUGGAGUUUGAAUUGAAAAUGCAGAAGAGGGAGCACGAAUUCCGUCUGCAGACUGACAACAUGAGCAACACAGCCUUGUCCCAGGAGCUCAAGGUUAAACUACUGCACAAAGAGCUGGAGGUUCUGAAGGAGGCCGGGGCAAAGGCUGCAGAGAGUCUACAGAGGGCAGAGGACACCAACGCCGAGCUGGAGAGGAAGCUCCAGAGUCGAGCCGCGGAGCUCCGGGACCUGGAGGCCAUGAACUGCGCCCGGGUAAAGGACUUAGAGGAUAAACUUCACUCUGUGCAGCUAACCAGGAAGAAGGAAGAGGAAACAUUUAAGAGGAAGCAUGAGGAGCUCGACCGUCUGGCCAGGGAGAAGGACGCGGUGCUGGUGGCGGUGAAGGGAGCCCACGUGGAGCAGCUGCGGGAGCUGCAGGCCAGCAUUCUGGAGCUGCAGGCCCACUGCGAGACCCUCGAGGCACAGCUCCGCAGGGCAGAGUGGAGGCAGGCCGACACGGCCAAGGAGAAGGAUGCUGCCAUUGACCGACUUCGUGAAGAUGCGUCAACUGUAAAAUCUGCCUGGGAUGCUCAGAUUGCUCAACUGUCUAAGGAGAUGGUCUCCAAAGACCUUCAGAUUCAGACACUGCAGGAAGAAGAGGUGAAGCUCAAGGCACAGGUGGCCCGAUCCCAGCAGGACAUUGAAAGGUACAAGCAACAGCUGUCCCUGGCGGUGGAAAGGGAGCGGAGCCUGGAGCGUGAUCAGGUGCAGCUGGGCCUGGACUGGCAGCGCCGCUGUGACGACAUUGAAAGGGACCAGAUCCAAAAGUCAGAGGCCCUGAUUCAGGGUCUGACCACGGCAAAAAGUCAGGUUGCUGCCAAGCUGCAGGAGACAGAGCGGGCGCUACGGGAGCAGGAGGUGGUGCUGAAGGCCGUGACCCUGGAACGAGACCAGGCCGUGCAGGCCCUGAGGAUGCAUGGGCUCCCCGGACCAGGGGCGCAGAUGCUCCUCGGGCAGCAUGAAGAAGAAAUAAGUAAAGACUUUCCAUCCAGUGAGAUCCAGCAGCUCCGAGAGCAGAACACGAGCUUGCGAAGCGCGAUUGCCCAGAUGAGGAAAGAAAUGGAGGCUCUAAGCCAUCAGAUUCCUCCUCCCGCCCAGACAGCGGCAGAGAGCACAGAUGCAAACCAGCCUGACCCAAAGGCUGGGGGAGACACCGCCACUCCUGAUUAUGUUCUGGCCCUUGAAGCAGAAAUACGAACUCUAAAGCAUAAGUUUAAAACUCUGGAAGAGCAUCUAGAAGAUGUGCUGGAUCCUUUAAAGAUGUCCUCACCUCGUGCCGAGUCUCAGCCCAGCGUCCGCACCUCGACAGAGACGACUGGAGGGUCUGUCCAAGCUGGCCCAGUGUCCUCCGGACUGGCACUCAGGAAGCUCGGGGACAGAGUGCAGCUCCUAAACCUGCUGGUGACACGACUCAGACAGAAGGUGCUGCGGGAACCCCUGGAGCCGGCCGCUUUCCAGCGUGAGCUUCCCCGUGAGGUGGACCAGGUACACCUGGAGGUUUUGGAGCUGCGGAAACAGGUGACUGAGCUGGGGAAGCAUCUCAGGAUAGCCCACCACGAGGGAGCAGAGCCUUCAGUCCAGAAGCAGCCCCCAGCCUCGGACGCCGUGACCCUAGGGAGAGAGGGCCUCGCCAAGGGAGAGCCUGUGGAGGCCGAGGACCAGGGGGAGCUUUUCCUGCACCUCCGGCCGGUGGCACGCGCCCCCCAGACCUUAUCUAUGCACCAACUCCAGAGGAAGCUGAAGGAGGCAGCCAGAAAAAUCCUCAGCCUCUGCCUGGAGAAGGAGCAGCUCAUCGAGAUGGGGAACAGGCUCCGUGCGGAGCUGGGCAGGCCUGAAGGGCGGCCACCGCACCAUACCCUCCCUCCUGCCCCCGAGGCCCGGAAGCCAGGCGAGGAGCCCAGGAGGCCUUUGGAUCGCAGCCCACCUUUGGGACAGGUGCAGCCCCAUUUUACAGCUCAGGACGCCAAGAGUGCCGAGGAGGAGUGUCCUUUGGGACCCUUGGGAAAGCACCGGCCCCGCCCAGCACAGGUGGGCAGCAGAUUUGAUGCCCUGCGAGGCCCGAAGACACAACGCAGCAUCCACACGGUGACCUGUAAAUCACCUCGGCAGAAAGAAGGCAGGUCCCCAAAGCCACCCCAGGCUCCCAAGCGCCCUGAGGAGCAUGGCCGCCAAUCCCACAGCUCCUCCUCCCUUGCCAGUGGCGCCCUCCAGGACACUUGGAGGUUGCUAGACCUGGGAUCCAGCCCUUCUGGCCUCACCUCCCAGGGUGACUCAACUCCAGGUAGGAGACUGCCCUCCCCAGGAGCUGCCCACAGCUGGCAGCUGGUGGGGGCCACCCUCUCCGAGGGGCAUGUGGAGAGUCAGCACCCUGCAUGCCUCCCACACCCUGAAAUCCCUGCACUUUGGUUGAGUAAUGCACGGAGUCUCCUUACCUCUCAUUUGGCACCUGAGUGUUUCCCAGGUUAUGGUGCAAAGCCCUGAAGGGCAGAAACCAUGCCACCUCCUAGCGCAGCACUGUACACCCGGGUGCGUGCUGACAUAGAAUGGAACGUCCACGUUCUAGGUGAGACGCGCAGGCGUUGGUACACUUUAGACAGCCCGGCUCCCGGGGAAGAGCCAGGCCAACCCCAGUGAUGCUCAGCCUCGGGGGCCAGACAAGCGUCACGCCGCAUCCUUGUCCUCAUCCUGCUUUGCUGCACAGACAUCAUCCCCCUGAGACUCUGCUGUGCACCUAAGUCAUAGGCCUGGUAAACUCAGCAGGUCACAGUGCCAGCUCCUGCGAAUGGUCUCAGGAUGUUUUCAGGAAGGUCUAUUUGAAGGGUGCACCUUGUGGGGACUGCAUGGGUCCAUGACGUAGGAAGAAGGGUGGAGAGAGACGGAUGCUGCUUCGAAGCAGCUAGAGUGGUGGGACGUGCGAUGUGUUGGGGCGGGAGCACGCGUCCGUCCUGUGUGCCUGCGUGGAGGGCGUCCCCUUCUUACCUUGCAGCUUCUGUCUUCCAUCAUGAGGACGUGCCACAUUCAUUUAAGCAUUCUCUCCUUCAUGCGCAUUGUAGGCUGUUUCCAGUCCUUUGCCAUCACAGAUACUGUUAGAAUAGAAACCUUACAGGCUGCAGUGUGUGAAAAUACACGUGUAAGUGCCCCGGCUUGCUUAGUCGAGGCUGCCUGCACACCACGUGUGGUGGACACCAUCGCCUCAGCCUCCGCUGCCCACCCGGAGGCUGCCCCCAGCAGCAGCGUCUGAGAGUCGUGGAGCCACACGGAGCUUUUGCCGGUGGCAGGCAGGGUUGGAAUCAGCGCCUCUGUUAGGAGGUCGUGCCUCUUCGUGUGUGUUUAGGAGUUACUUCCUUUUCCUGUUCUUCAGUUCUCUGCUCCUCUGUAUAUUAGAUUGUCGUCUGUCUUACUGAUUUGUAGCAGCUCGUUAUAUGUGAGAGAAAUUCGGCCUUUUUGGUGAUAGCAGUGCAAAUGUUUUCUCCCAGUUCUUCAUAUUUUUAAAUGUUUCGUGUGGUGUUUUUUUAUG